AUCCAUCCGCCUCCCCACUCGCGUGCGCACAACCACCGCCAUGCCCCCUCCUCCCGCGCUGUUGGUUUGCCUCCUCUUGCUCGCCGUGCCGAGGCCGGGUGAGGCGGCGGCGACGCCGACGCGGCCGCUGCUGUUCUCGCUACGGGCGCGGCAGGUGCCGGCGGGGGCGCUGCCGCGGCCGGCGAGCAAGCUGAGGUUCCACCACAACGUCAGCCUCACCGUUUCGCUCGCCGUCGGCACGCCGCCGCAGAAUGUCACCAUGGUGCUCGACACCGGCAGCGAGCUCUCGUGGCUGCUCUGUGCGCCCGGCGGGGGCGGAAGGGGCGCGUCGUCUUUCCGGCCGAGGGCCUCGCGGACCUUCGCCUCCGUGCCCUGCGGCUCCCCGCAGUGCCGGUCCCGCGACCUGCCGUCGCCGCCGGCCUGUGACGGGGCCUCGCGCCAGUGCCGCGUGUCGCUGUCCUACGCGGACGGGUCGUCCUCCGACGGCGCCCUCGCGACCGAAGUCUUUACUGUCGGCCAAGGACCGCCGCUGCGCGCGGCGUUCGGCUGCAUGGCCACCGCGUUCGACACCUCGCCCGAUGGCGUCGUGACCGCCGGGCUGCUGGGCAUGAACAGGGGCGCCCUCUCGUUCGUCUCGCAGGCGAGCACCCGCCGCUUCUCGUACUGCAUCUCCGACCGGGACGACGCCGGCGUGCUCCUCCUAGGCCACAGCGACCUCCCAUUCCUGCCGCUCAACUACACGCCCCUGUACCAGCCGUCCUUGCCGCUCCCCUACUUCGACCGCGUCGCCUACUCCGUCCAGCUCCUCGGCAUCCGCGUCGGCGGCAAGCCACUCCCCAUCCCGGCGUCCGUUCUCGCGCCGGACCACACCGGCGCCGGGCAGACCAUGGUGGACUCCGGCACGCAGUUCACCUUCCUCCUCGGGGACGCCUACUCCGCCCUGAAAUCCGAAUUCUUGAAACAGACCAAGCCCGUGCUCCCCGCCCUCAACGACCCCAGCUUCGCGUUCCAGGAGGCGUUCGACACCUGCUUCCGCGUGCCCCAGGGGCGCGCUCCGCCGGCGAGGCUCCCCGCCGUCACGCUCCUGUUCAACGGCGCGGAGAUGACGGUGGCGGGGGACAGGCUCCUGUACAAGGUCCCAGGCGAGCGCCGUGGCGGCGACGGCGUGUGGUGCCUCACGUUCGGGAACUCGGACGUGGUGCCCAUCACGGCGUACGUGAUCGGGCACCACCACCAGAUGAACGUGUGGGUCGAGUACGACCUGGAGCGCGGUCGCGUCGGCCUCGCGCCCAUCCGCUGCGACGUCGCCAGCGAGCGCCUCGGCCUGAUGCUGUGACCGCCCGGCCAGAGCGCGACCGCCGGCGGUGGCCGUGGCGUGAGUAGCUUCCUAGCUGUAUGUAAAUUACGCGCCGUGUGACCUCAGCUACUAGUAGGGUUUUGCCAUGUAAAGAUCGACACGUAUGUGUAUGUACAUUAUGCAUGUGGACGUCAGCUUCAUCGCUUUCUUGCUCGGGGUGACUUCUCCUCCAUCGGUGCAGGGCUUGAUCCAGAUGACGUGAACAGUUGCCAAACGAGCCAUUGCUGCACUGCUGCAGUGUGCUAACACUGACACAGAACGUGAGAACCCCAGCUUGGAUUCAUGUUGCGUCACAGAGACACGAGGCCAUCUCUCACCCGAGACACGGAGACAAGGCCACCUCGCCUGAUGCUUGCCUGUACUGCUCGUGAUUCUCUUUUUUUCUCUGCUGCAUUUUUUUCCGGGGGGAGAAGCCGAACCAGAGUAGCCGUGGCGGAACAGAGAAUGUUCAGGGAGGGGGCAUGUGUUGUGUUCCGGCGUCCAUGUUGCCGACAAAAUUGGGGUGAUAAAGAAGGCGACCGACAUGGAGGCUUGUCGUGAUGGUUAUUAUACACAAGAAGGUUCUACUUUGUGUUAAUAGUGCAGUUUUGUUUGUGACAAAAGGGAUCAGGAGUUCAGGAGUAUCAUUGUCUCCUUUUCUUUUCUUUUUUCCUUUCGGCGUAGUUUCAAUUGACAAUCGACAAAGUUGCAUCGAGCGUAACGAACAGACUGCUUUGUAUCGCGAUGUAUCAUACUCCCAGAAAUACAAUAUAAGACGCAGAUUCUAGAAAG